GUGACGCCAAUUCUCGCGUGAUGAGACUUGCGGUGUCGGGAUUUUCUGAAAGACAGGAGGAGGAGGAGGCGGCGUCUUGUGGCUAACAGUUUUGCCGAAGGAGUAAGUAGCGAUCCGGGAUAGCGGGAUGUGAUUGGAAAAGUGGGACUGAUGCAUUUGCUUAGAUUAGAGGGGUGACGUUUGAACUCCCACCCUCAGUGUUGCCGAUCCCUCAAUACGGCGUCACCGGGACAACAACUGUGAGGAAACUACAAGUACAGAGAGAUGAAUAGGGGGAAGAAGAUACAGGCGCCCUAGUAACUGCCUCUAUUCCAAACCACGCCCCUCGCUGAAAACAGGGGCCCCGGUAAUACAAAAGUUGCUGUUGGACGAUGUCCCUGUUCAGUUUUUGGCUCUGGAUUGGAUGUUUCUGGACCAGCGCCGGGGGCAAGUGUGAAAACCAAAACAGAGUGUGAUGUCUGUAGGGUUCCAUAUAGGUUGUCAUCGGUUUACAGCUCACAUUUUUGACAAUAAGGAAAAAUGGAGAGGAGCCCUAUGUUAUGGAGAAUGACCUGAGCAGCCCAAGCCGCAUGGAGUUUUCAGAAUGUUGGGUCAGUGAAAGGCCAGAAAAAAUAGGGUCUUUUGGUCCUGUUGCUGGAAAAAUGGCUGAAGACCAAGCGACUCAGAACUCCCUAGAUCACAGUAAUGCUGAUAGACAGCGAAACCGGUGGCGAGACAAGGCAGAAGAAGAAGUUGCAUGCCAGUCAGGAACAGUUGUCUCAGAUUUCAAUUUCCUUCCUGGACAAAGUGUGCCUGUAGCUCAUGUAGGAAAACAGAGGCAUAGAGAGGAGAAUAUUGUUGAUCAAAGGGCUUCAGAACCACGAAUAGUCAAAAUUGCAGAAGACACAAGAGCACAGACAUUACAGGGACCCAGUCCAAUGCCAAUGAGUUUUGGUAAAAUUGACAAAGACAACAUGUUGAUCUGCAGACCACAGGCAUAUAAUGUUGCCCAGCAGGCUAAGAAUAUGGAUUUGCCCACAAGAAUAGACAUUGGAUCUCCAGAGCAGUCAAAUCAGAGAUACUGGGGCUUGUUUCAAUGCUCUUUCUGCAACUUUGUUUUUCAAGAUCUUUCUGACCUUGUGCAGCACCAGGAAACUCACAAUCAGGACAAGUUUCAGGGCAUUGGCCAAGAACUUGUACAGCUGGAUCAGACUGAUAGUACUCCGUGUGAGUGGAGGAGAUACCGUUGCAUUGUUUGUGACAAGACUUUCUGCAAACAGUCCUCACUAGUCACUCACCUUCGUAUACACACAGGUGAAAAACCUUAUUCUUGUCACGUAUGUAGAAGGAAAUUUAAUCAGCGCACUAGCCUAACUGUUCACCUUAGAACACAUACUGGUGAGGCUCCAUUUCGCUGCUCCAAGUGCAAUAAGAGUUUCAGACAGCAAUCCAACCUUACACAUCACAUGAAGAGCCACCAACGAGCCGAGGAGCUAGAUGGAGGUGACUGGAGUGAAGAAAACCGAGCCCCAGGGUUUCCAUUGAUGUAUCUGGUUUCAGAAGGGGAUGAAUUCAGCAAUGAAGUAUGGGGCUCUAAGGUACCGCUAAUCAAAGGGGAUAAAGAAGAAGAGUCUGCUUCUUGCAAAAGACCCUAUGUCUGUGGACACUGUUUUAAGCGCUUCACACACCAGUCCAACCUUAUGGUUCAUCAGCGCAUUCAUACAGGGGAUCGAUCUUAUCGUUGCCAAGAAUGUGGUAAACAUUUUACAAGGAGGACUAGCUUAAUGGUUCACUUGCGAGGGCACACGGGUGAGAUGCCGUACUCUUGCCAGCAGUGUGGUAAAAGCUUUCGGCAGCAAUCCAAUCUCCUCUACCACAUGAAGAGUCACGCUGGGCAAAAUGAGGCAGCUGCAGGAAAUACAAACAAACAUACAGUGAAACUAUCAGGGCAGCUGAUUGGGCCUUCAGGCCAAUAUGUGGAGAGAGAAAGUCCACGUUCAGUGAGCAUUGGCAAUAAUGGAGUUUCUAGAGUUCCCGAGAACCAAAUGAGGGUUUAUCAAUGCAACCAGUGUUCCAGAUGGUUCCCUAGUACUUCCAGCCUCUUGCUGCACCAAAAGUUCCAUACGGAACAGCCAAGUAACAUUAUGCAGAGCAGAGAAGUUCAGGUUCAGUACCCCAUUGGUAUAAGCCAACCACAUACUUUCACAGGAAAUGUGCUUAUUUCCCAACAAGAACAUGAAAGAAGUCAACAGCAACCUUUCAGAAUUUUCUCUCGGAUGGAUGGAGGAGACAAUGUUCCAGGAACACGCUCUGCACCAAAAGCCUCUGCACAGCCAGGAUCCAUCUCUGGGUUUCAUAAACCUGGAAGUUCAGUAGAAGGGGGGCCUAUUAAGGGACAUUUCCAAAUAAGGGGUAGAGGAAGACCUAGGAAGAAUAUCUGGUUAGGGUCAGGACAAACAGCCAUGGGAAGUCUUGCAACAGGGAAACUUAUUCAUAAAUGUUGGAAGUGCCCUCGACGUUUCAAUAACAAAUCAAAUUUAAUUGUUCACUUACGAAUUCACACAGGGGAAAAGCCUUAUCAGUGCUGGAAGUGUGACAAGAGGUUUCGACAACAGUCAAACCUGAUCCAGCAUCUCCGAAACCAUGAGGAGUUCCGUGAUGAAGAUGAUGUUACAAGACAAAAAAAGGAAAUGAGUAGACGAAGGCAAAGUGGGAAGAAUUUUCACAAUACAGCUAUGCUUUCUUCCUCUGGUGCACCCCAAACUCACUGGAGUUAUCUUCCUUUAGCUGACGGGAACCUUGUGAAUCAAAACAGGCAGUUGCUUGAGGAGACCCCAGUCUCGCAGUUAGAGGAUGCUGCUUCUCACAGUGACUGCAGCAAUGAGACUUUAAUGAAUGAAUCCAUGUAUCUCCCAGCUGAGAGGUCCUAUAAGUGUGGCAGCUGCUUUAAGACGUUUAACCACAAAUCCAACCUGUUAGUCCAUGAGCGUAUCCACUCAGAUGACAAGGCCUAUCGUUGUCAGGAAUGUGGGAAGCAAUUCAGUCAGCGUACUAGUUUAAUGGUGCAUCUCAGGACACAUACAGGGGAGAUGCCCUACUCCUGCCAGCAAUGCAGGAGGCGUUUUCGUCAGCAGUCUAAUUUACUUUACCACAUAAAGACCAACACAGUCCAAGGGCAGCUUAAAUGUACGGCAGAGAACUUUAUUAACUCAAUUUCUAGAAUAGAUUCUGGGGAGGAUAUAAAAAUUUGUUCUGAGGUGGACUCGGUCCCUGGACAAGCACAGACUUGGCUGCAUCUAGAACCAAGUUCUAAAACUGAAACAGCACCAGCCCUUCCUCAGGAGGCAGUAAAGGAAGAGUUUCCCUGCCCUGACUGUGACAAAGUGUUUGUUCAUCAGUCGAAUUUGCUAGUCCACCAACGAAUCCAUUCUGGAGAACGGGCAUACCGAUGCCAUGAGUGCAACCGUCAGUUCAGCCAGCGCACUAGCCUGAUGAUACAUUUGCGCACUCACACUGGAGAGAUGCCCUAUGCUUGCCAGUGUUGUGGCAAGAGAUUCCGCCAACAGUCAAAUCUGUUGUAUCACUUAAAAAGCCAUGCCACCCAGGCGGCUGGCUUCGAUGUUAUCACAAGUGGAGAGUUUGCGUCUCCAAAGACCAGAGGUCGACCGCGCAAAUGUGACUCUAAUGACGAGAGGCGAGAAAAAAAUAUUAUUCCAAGGGGCAAGCGUACUUUUAAGUGUGUGGAGUGCCCAAGGCGCUAUAACUUAAUGUCCAACUUAGUUGCUCAUCAGAGAUCCCAUGAUCGCCAAGAACUGCAUACGUGUUCAGAUUGUGGGGAAGGUUUCCUUCAGCAAAGUUACCUCACCGUGCACAAGAAACUCCACACCAAGAGAGACCUUCCUAGCCAUGUUGGGCAGUUUUGCUGGAAACAGAACCAAGAGUUGAUCAGAAAUCCCAGCGUAGAAGAAGAGAGGGGAGGUCUUUAUACUCAUGAAAAGUAACCUUCUCGCCAUUUUCAAAAUCUCUGGUACAAAGGGAGAUCUGACUUGUUAUGAUGCAAGAGCAAUAUAUUUUUUUUUGUAAGUUGACAUGGUUUUGGGGAGAGCGAGCUGCAAACAUGGGUUCUCUAACCAUCCUGGUCCCUUAAAGAUGCAGAAUAACUGUUGCCUGAACACUUCAGCUGAACUCCUGAAAGCUCUCAUCCCCAUUAUCAGGCAAUGACUAUUCUGAUCUUGUGUAAUGCUGUCUAAAAUUUGCUGUUGAGAUGUGCCAUUUUUUUUACAUGUAGCAUUGUGUUGUCCAAUAUGUGUCUCUUGCGUGUUGCUGAAACAGCACAGCUUAGCCUCCAUACACGGCAGCGAUGAUGCAAACUGCAGUUGAGUUACAACCAAGGGGGCAACGUUUAGACUCCUCUCGUUUUCACCUUUGUGAGAGUUGAGAUAAUGCCAACCAAGAAACGAUAACACUUGCCCAUUGGCUAGUGAACAAGCCCCGUCAUACCAGCUGUGCGUUUGUGCGAGAGGUAGUUUCUAACACUUGGCUCAGAGAACAAGUCAUGUAAAGCAGCGCUUACUUUCUUAGUUGUGAAAAAGUUUAGCAUGAGGAACCUUAGCUAAUCCUAAAGCUUCAAAUUCCCAAGGAGAAAAAAAAUCUGUUUUUAUAAAAUUAUACUGUAACUGUAAAGGAAGCACUUUUUAUUCAACAUAUAUAUUAAAUCCAAUGCCAGAUGGUGCCCAUGAAAAACUGAAAACUGAAACUUCUCUGGUUUCAGUUGGACAGAAUAUUAAUUCCAGCAUGUGGUGAAAUAAAAAAAAAAAUAAAAAGAAAGCUUUGAAAAAGUUAGACUGAACACCUCCGGGUCCCUA